UCUACUGGGUAGCUGUUCUCAAGGGUUCCAGGAUCGGCAGGAAGCGGCGCUCCUGGCGCCGCUCGAGGAACUUGGGGCUCCCCCAUCACUUUUAACUUGAGUUUGAAGUUUCGCUGGACGCGAGUCGCGAGGCAGCUUCGCUCCUUUUUCUCAUGUCAGCCAGUUCCGGCCUUCUCAUCGUCUUCUUCCUCCUCGUCCUCUUCGUCUUCCAUCUCCCCUUCCUCCUCCUUCUCCUCCUCCUCCUCUUUCUCCUCUUCUCCUUCUCUCUUCUCCUACUCGUCCUCCCCCGCCAUCAGGGCGGGGCGGCAUCCCAAGUCUUGCGAGCUGUGCGUGCACGUCUCCUUCCUCCCGCCUCCCUCCUGUCUUCCCUCCUGCCUCUCACCUCCUCCUCUCUGGUCCAGCCUUUCGGCCUGCCUCUCCUGUCUUGCCUGCCAGCCUGCCUCCUAGCUCGCCGUCCUACGUGACCUCACCGUCGCUGCGGAGCUACCUCCUGAGGUGAAUAAGCGCCAAUCUAUGAUGAUGUUCGACCCACCCCUCAUGCGGCCUGUCGCCAUUCGCUAAUUACACUGUUUUUGUCGGUCUCCGCAGGCUCGGGCGGCCGAUCGCGCCGGUACUUGUAGAUAGUGCGUGUCACAGAGACGAUGCGUCGAAUGAUGCAUGCGACAUCCACAUUUGACACCAGCCCAUCAAUUCGGAGUGACACCGGGGACCUUCAGUCCCCAGUCGAAGUGACAGGGGGGGCAUGAUUUGUCACAAAUUUGUCCUCCCCAGCGUGUCAUCAAAAGCAGAGGGUCAAUUAGGACCGAAACUGGCCACAGCAAAGUGUGGUUUUUGUCUACGUUGUCUUGUGCCCAGAGGCUGUUCGCUUCUUGUGGCCCUUGCGCCGUCUGGGCGCCAUCCUUGACUCGACAUGCCUUCCACCCAAACUGGGUGGCAACGGUUUGUACUGUUACUGCGCUUCUGCGCCGCAGUGCGCGGGCUGAGCCGUCUUGGCUGAAGGCGCACCCUCGUUUGCCGAGAGUCGCAAAAGAUUCCUCACAGGCGCACGCUGGAGCGUCACACGCGGAGAGCGGCUGAAGCGGCAGAGGGACGGGC